GGUUUCAGUGGGAGACACCCCAUUAGAUGAGUUUUACAUGUGCUAAGCGUCCCUCUAUGUCACAAGUCGGGACCAAUGUCCAAGAAAAGAUACACCUGCUUUGCCGUAUGUGUCCUCCACAUCGCAAUCCCGAUCCCCGGAGGCAGCAAUUGGUCUUCUCAACAAUGGCGCGUGAACAUCCUCAUCCUUUCUGGUGCAUGUUCAUGCACGCCCAUCGCUACACUCCAGUCCGCUGCACGAUGCUCCGUUGUGUCGCCACUUCCAGUCCCGCUCGCGCAAUCUUUUAUACCCUCAUAUUAAUCUUCAGCUUGCAACAACGAGUCGCUAUGCCGCC